AUGGGUUACACUGCGAAGGCUACCAUCCCACUUAUUCCUCUUCCGAAAGACUCGGUCCUCUUGCCCGGUGUCACCCUGCGCAUCUCAGUUUCUAAUCGUGCCGACAUACCUCUCCUCCUAUCAUCGGCUUUUCAAAGGGCAACCAGGUCGAGGACUGGCUCGACCCAGCUGCCGGUUGGCUGUGUUCCAGUAAAUUCGCCAUUCCUCAGCCCCGAUGGGAAAGAAUUAUUGGAUAGUUCCGAGAACGAGAGCAGCAAGCAUACCCAACACGAGGGCAUAGAUCCUGGAAACGCUAGAAAACAAGAUUUGUUUGGAUAUGGCACCCUUGCAAAGAUCAUUGGCGUGCAAGGCAACUCCAAUGCCGAUCCCUAUUUGAUCGUGGAGGGUGUACAACGCUUCAAGAUUGAUAGGAUUAAGCAUGAGAAGCCACAUUUCGAGGCCGAGGUCACUUUUUACGAGGAUGAAGUCCCUGAUCUCAAUGACGGUGAUUUGCGGGCAAGUUUCACACGUCUAAAGCAGCGGUCCCGUGAAUUGCUCACCCUCCUGAGACUUUCUUCACUUUUCAGACCGGCUUCGAUGGUUUUAUCACCACUUAUUGUUCGCCGCUUCGAGCUUUUCAUUGCAAAGAAAGACCUUUCGCAGGCUGGUCAAUUGGCCGACUUCAUGACCGACAUUGUAGAGGCAAGCUUCGAAGAAAAACUACGGAUUUUGAGCACAUUGGAUUUGCAUGAGCGACUGGAGAGGGUGCUGGCCCUAUUGAACAAGCAGAUUUCUGGCAUCAAUGGAAACAUCAAAAUCACCUCAGUGACCUCUACAACCCUACCAAAUCUCGGGGUAGACAUUUCGGAUCUCAAUCAAAGUCAACGUGAGGCUUUGGCAAGACGGGCUAUGUCUGGUCUCAAUGGCAUGACGCCACCAGGAGUGCCAGGACAAGGCCGUGGCGAUGCAGAAGACGACAAUGAAGUCAAUGAAGUCGAAGAGCUCAAGAAGAAGGUUGCAGAAGCCGGUCUAUCAUUGGAAGCCCAAAAAGCUGCAGAUCGUGAACUGAGACGUCUAAAGAAGAUGAAUCCAGCGAAUGCCGAAUAUGGUGUCAUCCGAUCAUAUGUCGAAAACCUUGUCGAAAUCCCAUGGACCAAGACAACAGACGAUCAGCUAGGUGCAGAUACAUUGAAGCGUGCUCGUAAGCAGCUUGACGAUGAUCAUUAUGGCCUUGAAAAGAUCAAAAAGCGGCUUUUGGAAUAUCUAGCCGUUCUGAAAUUGAAGCAAUCAGUCAAUGCUGAUGUUGACCAGCAGAUCUCUCGUCUGACAAAGCAGCUUACUCCUCCACAGGAAGGUGAGGAGAAAGAAGCCGAACAGAUUGGGGAUGAUGAAAAGGAUGCCGCUACCGCGAAGCUUCACGUCCUGAAAUCAAAACGAAUGGUUGACAAGUCACCUAUUUUACUUCUCGUCGGACCACCUGGUACCGGAAAGACUUCUUUGGCAAAGUCGAUUGCCCUGUCAUUGGGACGCAAAUUUCAUAGAAUCUCCUUGGGAGGCGUUAGGGACGAAGCUGAGAUCAGAGGUCAUCGACGAACUUAUGUUGCUGCGAUGCCUGGCCUCAUCGUCAGUGGUUUGAAGAAAGUUGGUGUGGCAAACCCGGUAUUCCUCCUUGAUGAAAUCGACAAAAUAAGCUCCAACAAUUUCCAUGGUGAUCCGUCAGCAGCUAUGCUCGAAGUGCUUGACCCUGAGCAGAAUCAUAGUUUCAAUGACCACUAUGUUAAUAUCCCAAUCGACCUCAGCAAGGUACUCUUCAUCGCCACAGCCAAUUCUCUCGAUACCAUUCCUGCCCCAUUGUUGGAUCGCAUGGAAACGAUUCAACUAUCCGGAUAUACUACGAUUGAAAAACGGCACAUUGCAAAACAACAUUUGAUCCCCAAGCAGAUUCGCACCAAUGGGCUUUCAGAUGGGCAAGUACAAAUCCCAGUUGAUGUUUUGGACACUAUCAUCACUUCAUAUACCCGUGAAUCAGGUGUGCGAAAUCUGGAGCGAGAGAUAGGCUCAGUGUGCCGCUACAAAGCUGUACAGUACGCAGAUGCCCGCGAUAUUGACGAAACCAAGUACAACCCUGUUGUUCUUAUGGAUGAGCUUGAAGAAAUUCUCGGGAUAGAACGCUUUGAGGAGGAGAUUGCCGAAAAGAGAUCUCGUCCUGGCGUUGUCACCGGCCUGGUGGCUUAUUCUUCUGGUGGUCAGGGAAGCAUCCUCUUCAUCGAAGUUGCCGACAUGCCCGGUAAAGGAAGAGUCCAAUUGACAGGCAAACUUGGCGACGUUCUGAAAGAAUCGGUCGAGGUGGCACUGACAUGGGUUAAAGCACACAGCUACGAACUCGGUCUGACCCACGAUCCAAACGAGGACAUUAUGGAGAAACGGGCCAUCCACGUCCAUUGCCCAGCAGGGGCCACGCCCAAAGACGGCCCCAGUGCUGGUCUGGCGCAUACUGUCGCUCUCAUCUCAUUAUUCUCAGGCAAGGCUGUACCACCGGAGAUCGCCAUGACGGGGGAGAUGAGCUUGCGAGGUCGUGUCAUGCCCGUUGGCGGCAUCAAAGAGAAGUUAAUCGGCGCUCACCGUGCGGGUGUCAAAACCGUUCUCCUUCCCAGCCACAACCGCAAGGAUGUCAAGGAUGUCCCUGAGGAGGUCAAGGCUGAUCUCCAAAUCAUUUAUGUCAAGCACGUCUACGAAGCCCUCCGCCAUAUCUGGCCCGAGUCGGUGUGGGCCACGGACCAGCACUUUGCCAAGGUUGAGAGCAGACUGUAG